CCAGUUAAAACAGAGUUUGGAAACCAAGCCUAGCUUCCUUAUUGGCUCGUAAGGGGCAAGCACGCCACUCUAUCAACUGUACCUUUCAUUCUUCAAUCAGGAGUGCAAAUGCAAGAAGAGCAACCAAAAACCCUCAAGGUUAUAGAGAGCACGUAGCAGUGUGCUGUACUGCUGAUUCCACCAUCUACACCAGGGUCAAGAUCAAGGUCAGAUAUGGCUUCAGGGAGUUCACCAGCACCCUUCCUGCUAGCUGCCCUUGUCCUGGGCAUCUUUGCUGAUUCCUGUGAGUCUCAAGAAUUGCGAUGUCAGUGUAUUCAGAUAUAUUCCAACUUUAUUUCUCCAAAAUUGAUUAAAAAUGUUCAAGCGAUACCUGCAGGUCCUUACUGCACCACAAAAGAAGUCAUAGUCACAUUGAAAGAUGGGAGAUUAAUUUGUUUGGAUCCUGAGGCUGAAUGGGUGAUGACGCUUAUCAAAAACAUUGUGGACAGAGCACCCAACUGAUGGCCACACAAAGGACAUCACAUCCAGUGGGUAACAAGCACCCUUUGAUAGCAUGGUGAACAGGGACAUCCUCCAGAGUGUUCUCUGGAUGUGGCACCACUUUUGUGCUAAUUUAGAACUAGAGUGAACUGCUUUCUCUACUCCUUCUGUAAACCUAUACACUGUUUUUAGGUAGAGGGUUGGCCACUUGUGAGAGGAUUAGUGGAAAGUGAGGUGAUGGGUCUUUCAUCACUGAGGAUAAACCCCACACCUCUUACUGAAGUUGACAGGUUUCACUGCAGGCUCAACUCAAUAUCUUGCUGGAUCCCACCCCCUCACUGCUGUAUCCAUCAUCCUUCCUCACGAUUCCAGCAUAUGAUCUAUCCACCGCAUACUUUCAGAUCGCAUUUAAUGACAUUAUAUGACUUUUAAAAGUUAAUUUAUGGGGGCCAGUGUGGUGGCAUAGCAGACUAAACUUCUGCCUGCCAUUCCACCAUCCCAUAUGAGUGCUUUGGUUCAAGUCCUGGUGGUUCCACUUCCAAUCCAGCUCUGUGCCAGUGUGCCUGGGAAACUAGCAGAGGAUAGCCCAAGUGCUUGGGCACCUGCCACACAUGUGGGAAACUCAGAAGAAGCUCUUGGCUCCUGGUUUUGGCCUGACCCAGCCCCGGCAAUAUGGCAUUUUGGGGAGUGAACCAGCAGAUGGGAGAUAUCUCUUUCUCUCUCUGCCCCAUUAUGUCUCUGUAACUCUCUUUCAAAUAAAUAAAAUAAAUCCUUAAAAACUCAUUUAUCACCAGCAUGGUUUCUUGACUACUCAGCAUUUUGAGUUCCAAAGGCCUUAACAUCCACCCCAUUUUAGGCACCCCACACCCUUAGAUCUCAAUAUAAAUCAGGAUUGCUUUAUUCCCAGUGUUCAAAAUUUAAAAAUUUCUGGGGGCAGGCAUGGUGACAUAGUGGAUAAAGCUGCCACCUACAAUGCUGGCAUCUCAUAUGGGAAUCGGUUCAUGUCCUGGAUGUUCCACUUUCAACCCAGCUCCCAGCUAAUGGCCUGAAAAAAGCAAUGGAAGAUGGACUAAGUGUUUGGGCCUCUGCCACUCAUGUGGGAGGCCCUGAUGAAGUUCCUGGCUCCUGAUUUUAGUCUGCUCCAGCCCUGGCCACUGUAGCCAUCUAGGGAGCAAACCAAUAGAUGGAAGAUCUCU